UAAUACUUGACGUUUCGCCACGUAGCCAAGAACUUGAAGCAUGGCUUUCGAGACACAAGACAGUUCCAGACACAAAGAAACUGCACGUUUAAAGAACCAAGAGUUUUUAGAGUUUCUUAAGUUAAAACUAUGCUUUCCACAAAGUCUUUUAAAAGGUGUUCCGUUUCUUUUUCUGGUUGUAACGAUAUGCUUCAUCUUUUGCGUGGAUAGACGUUUAAGAGACUCUCUCGAACGAAGGUUUGGAGUUAUAAUAGACGCUGGAAGUAGUGGUACACGAGUGCACGUAUGUUCUUUUUCCUUGCAAAAUGGAGAUAAUCUCAUUCUGGAGAAGGAUCAUUAUCUCGAAGCAAAACAUAGUCUUACAGUGUGUUUUCAAAAUGCUUCACGAGUAGCAAACUUGGGAUUCAUUUUUUCAAAAUUGCUCAACUUUGUUCGUGACAUAGUACCUGAACCAGAAAGACCUAGAACACCAAUAUUCUUGAAAGCCACUGCAGGACUUCGUUUAAUGCAUGGAGAUAUAGUUGAAGCUGUAUUAGAUGCCACUCGUGGUAUUCUUAUUGCGUCAGAAUUUUCAUUUGAGCCUUCAAGAGCUAUAGUUAUGGAUGGCAGUGAUGAAGCGUUGUACGGUUGGAUUACUGUCAAUUCUUUGUUGAAUACCCUUUCCAAUGAGUUGCUCCAAACUUUUGGAGUUUUGGAUUUAGGUGGCGGUUCGUUUCAGGUGGCAUUCGAUACAAACAGUUCUUUGAAUGACCAGAGUAUACGCAACAUUCCUGUAUUAGACAAAACUUACCAUGUAUAUUCUCAGAGCUUUCUUGGUAUGGGUCUUGUAGAGUUUCGAAGGAGAUUGUACAAGUUUUUAAAGGAAAGAGAUCAGUUGACAAGUAAUCCUUGCUUUUACAAGGGUGUCACAGAUGUUAUUGAUGUUGAUGGAAGAGAGCAAAGUUUUGUAGAGACAUCUGGAAUGGGCAGUUUUGAAUCUUGUGUUGCUUUAAUAAGUGACGUUUUCGUGGAAGAGUUUCAUUUUUCUGUUGGAGAAUUCAGAAAUAGAUGGAACACAAGUAUUGAUAACUUCAUUGCGUUUGCCUUCUUCUUUGACCGAAUUUCAACUUUUGGUCUAUCUCUAGAGUCGAGUCUCUCAGAUUUAGAAGAAAUGGGUCGUUAUAUAUGUUCGGAGGAAUGGAAUGUCGUUCAGAAUACUUACACUAGUGUACGUAAUGGAGCACCUGAGCAUCUUUGUUUCGAUAUGGCUUAUAUAUACUUUUUACUUUUUGAAUUUUUGGGAAUUGAACAAACACAAAAGACGGUUUGGUUUCUACAGAGUUAUCAGGGAAGCGAGUUUGGUUGGUCACUGGGAGCGUUGGUUCAUGAGAUGAAUCUUCUUUUACAUGAAAAGCAAGUUCUAUGAACAGGGGAAAUGCCGUUCCUCUCUGAAGGU